UGCAACUCUCAAAAGAAAGAGGCGAGAAGUAAAGGAGUGUGUCAAUCAGAGCCAAACUUUCACCAUGAGUUGGGUAUAUUCUCAGAUCUCCUCAGUCUGGCUCCUUCUCUGUCUCACAGUCUGUCCAUGCAGGAGCAUUACUGUUAAAGGCAUCAGUGGUCAGAACGUCACUCUGCCAUGCAAGUAUGACUAUCGUUAUCAUGGGAAAUGCGAGAUAUGUUGGAUGAGGGGGGAAAUUCCAAUGUCAGGGUGUGGUAAUGAAAUCAUUGCCACUGAUGGAGAUGAAGUGGUGAGGCGAACGUCACACAGAUAUCAGCUAGAUGGAGAAUUACAGAAAGGAGAUGCAUCUUUGACAAUCCACAGCACCACGCAGAAAGACUCUGGAAGAUAUGGAUGCCGUGUGCAUGUACCUGGAUUGUUCAAUGAUAAAAAAAUCAUAGUCGACUUAGUCAUUAUUAAAGAACCUUCAACAACUACUGAAGUAAAUUCUUUAUUACCAAGUCCCCCAGAGCUGGUAACACCGGAUCCAUUUGAUCCAACGUACACUGAAACGACAAACGUCUCUAGCACAAGGCACUACUCUAACGACUCGACUCCAGAGGCUAAUAAAACUGGGCAAGAACCAACAGAUGAUAUACUUCCUGUAACUGUUGUAUCGAUCCUGCUGAUUUUCCUGGUUUUUGGCACUGCCAUUUAUCUGAUAUGGAAGAAAAAAACAAGAACCAGGGAAUCUUUAGAAACAAACCAGAUCUCUAACACCUCAGCCAUCUACAGCAACUCAGACGUCAGCUUUGGUCUGAACAUCAGGUCAAUGGCUGUGGAGAACAUCUACCAAUUAGACACUGAGAAUGAAUAUGAACAAUGGUCAAGAUAACUCAAGGAGCUUACAUACUGUUCAUUGUACUAGCUUUGAACUGGUUUUUACACUUUGGAUAAUUAAAAACUAACUUUUAUGAUCGUCUUUUCCACUUGAAUCACUUUCUUUAGCCUACAGAUAUAUACUGUAGUGCAAUGGUCAUUUGUAAAUGUUAUAGUUGUAAAUUUGUAAAUGUUGGUAAUUUGUAAAUGUUACAGUGUAAAAGACAAAGCAAUAAAUUUUCAACACCACAAA